AUGUUUGAAUUCCAGGAGGAAAAAACACUUGCAUUCCAAUUUCACUGCUGCGAUUUCACUUUCACAAAACAAAUACGUCUGCGAAAGGUAAAUAAACAAAAAGGAACUGGUGCAGCAGGCGUAGGCUAUCAAAUUUCCGAGUUUCGAAAUCAAAUACUUUUGGCGAUGGAAAAUUGUGUAAAUGAAUUUGGGGAUUCCGCGUCGGUGCCCUUGAAGAUUGGGCCAAAGAAGUAUGCCUAUUCACUUCUGGAAGAUCCGCAGAGCACCCUGGCCACGCCCACAGGGGGCGGACAGACGUUGGGUAUCCGCGGUGCUUUUAAAUACUUUCACUACGGAUGCGAUGGCCACCAGGAUGCGGGUUGGGGAUGUGGAUAUCGCACACUGCAGUCGGCCAUAUCCUGGAUCCUGCGCCGAAGGAACAGCGAAGAGCAUGUGCCCUCCAUCCCGGAUAUACAGCACAUCCUGGUGGCAAUUGACGACAAGGGACCUGAUUUCAAGGGGUCACGCGAUUGGAUCGGCACUUUGGAGGAGUUUUACGUGAUCGAUGUGUUAUUCCAGCUGCCAUGCAGGAUUCUCCACGCAACGGAGCUGAGUUCUCCUGAGAUCCUCGGCCAGAUUCGCAAAUACUUCGAGGAGUACCAAGGCUUCAUCGCCAUGGGAGGACUGAGCGACACCUCCUCCAAGGCGAUUGUAGGCUACCACUGCAGUGCCGAGGAUCACAUCUUCCUGCUGGUGGUGGAUCCCCAUUUCGUGGGCGUGCCCAGCACCCGGCAGCAGUUAAUCGAUCAGGGCUACGUUCGUUGGGUGCCAGUCGACGAAUUCCCUGCCAGCACGUACAAUCUGUGCCUCAUUUUGCAGCCGUAGUGACUUCUCUCCGCACUUAUUUCAGCAAUAAAACCAGCUCAGCCCAGUUUA